UCAGUCUUAAUCGGAAGGACACGUUUCCUCAUAGGUGGCCCCAAGAGCCCGCUGGGCGCUGUCUUUACAGAAAAGUGAAACUCAGGAGCUCGACAAUCACUUCUGCACACACUCUGAGCUCUGCGCACAAACCAUUCGUCAACUCAGUUUAAAAAAGUGGGUUCGUGUCAGCUCUGUAUCCUCCACACAUGGCUUACCAACCGCAGCCAGCUCAGGUGGUGACAGUCGUCUCCAGCAAUUAUGGUCCUGGGACAUGGAGCACCGGCGUCUGCGACUGCUGCACCGAGAUGGGCACCUGUUGCUGUGGGUUGUGGUGUUUCCCGUGCAUGCAGUGCGAGACUGCCAGUAAAUAUGGAUGGUGUCCCUGCAUGCCGCUCCUGGACGUCUGCGGUGUGGUGUCUUGCAUACUCCGCUCCAACAUUAGAGAGCGCCACAACAUUCCUGGCUCAUGCUGCGAUGACUGCUGUAAUGUAAUGUGGUGCUACGUCUGUGUGUGGUGCCAGAUGAAUAGAGAGCUGAAGAUCAGGGCCCGCCAUCAGUCUGGCAAUACCGUUGUCACCACUCAGGUCGGCAGGAUGUAGCGUGCAAACCUGGUGCUGCUUUGUGGAUUUUAUCUGACAUGAUCUGCUGACAUUUCACUGCAUACAUUUCAUGUUAUUUCAGAAUGAUGCAGAGCUAAUCAUUUGAGUUUGUUUUGAUGCAUUAUUAGGGCAAGGACAGGAGCAUUUAUUUUAGACUGUGUAUUGGGGAAAAGCAUUUAUGGAAAUGCAAUAUUACUUCUAUUAACGUUUUGUGUAAGAUCUUAGAUUUAUAGGUGAAGGCAAAUAGUUUGACUCUUGUUAGCAUAUUUAACAGUUUUGUUGUUUCUCAAGUUUGAUAUUGUUCUGAUCUUUGUUACCUAAUAAAAUACUUCCUGCAAGUCACAA